AUGGCCAUGUCGAUUCAAGCUCGUCGUCAGCCCCCGCCACAGCCACAAGCUUCCCCAAGUAUGAGGAUGCUGCAGCAACGGUUGAGCGGUCCAAUGUGGCGGUGUAGCUGGAGGGACUGUGGAGAAGAAGCCGGCAACAAGAAGAAGAAACGGGCGAAGAGGAGUGUCGAGACGCACAAGAUCUACAUCAUCAAGGUGCUGAAUCAGGUCCCCCCAAACAUCGGCAGCUUGAGCAAGGCCAUAGGCAUCAUGAACAGCUUCAUCGAUGACAUCUUUGAGAAGCUAACCCAGGUGUCGUUGAGGCUCGACGGCUACAACAAGAAGCCGAUUUUCACCUCCCUGGAGAUCCAGACGGUCGUCCGGCUCGUGCUCCCUGGCAAGCUUGCCAAGGACGCCAUGUCAGAGGGCACCAAGGCGGUGACCAAGUUCACCAGCUCUUAG